GGGAAUAUGUGGUAACAGAUUUUUCUUGCAAAAAUGUAUUAACCAAAACUUCCACAACUCAAUCACUCACAAAUUCCAACAAAUCAUCUCAAAUUCAUCAAAAUCUUCAACAAAUUCAUCAACAUCGAUCAAACGCUCGAAAAAUCACAUCAAUCAAUGGCUGAAUUCACCGCAAUCCAACGCCUGAUGCCGAUCUUCACUAUCGACGAAAUGCCGCUAGGUUUUGAUCCAAAAUACGUCAUCGGAGCCGCCGUAUACGGCGGCGGAAGUUGCAGAGGACUGAGAACAGCAGAUAAACGGAAGAUCACGAAGUUAAGCAGUUAUAACCGUAAUCGUACGGCUCGGAGUAUGAAAGUUUUCGCGUCGAUGUCUGGAAGUAAGUCGAAGAACAUGAGAGGUAAGGAUGUUGAUGCAGUUGUUGAUCAGGAAGCGAUUUAUGAUGAUCUGUUGGGAGAUCCGGAUUAUGAGAAUGAUGAUCUGUCGUGUUUUAGAGGUUUAGUGUUGGACAUCUCGUAUAGGCCUAUAAAUGUUGUCUGCUGGAAACGUGCGAUUUGUUUGGAGUUCAUGGAAAAGGCUGAUGUUCUUGAAUACUACGAUCAAACUGUGAACUCUGUUAAUGGAUCAUUCUAUAUACCUGCGGUUUUAAGGGUUCCACAUUUGCUUCAAGUUGUAAAGAGGAGAAAAAUCAUCAGUACGCUUAGUCGAAAGAAUAUACUGGCCCGUGACAAGUUUUCUUGCCAGUAUUGUUCUUCAACCACAAACUUAACUAUUGACCAUGUUUUACCUAUAUCACGUGGUGGCGAAUGGGAAUGGGAAAAUCUGGUUGCUGCUUGUUUAAGUUGCAACUCAAAGAAAGGUCAAAAAACUCCGGAGGAAGCAAACAUGAAGCUGCAUAAGGUCCCAAAGGCUCCGAAAGACUAUGAUAUAAUUGCCAUACCCUUAACAAACACUGCGAUAAAGAUGCUACAAAUGAGAAAGGGGACCCCAGAAGAGUGGCUUCAGUAUUUGGGAGGGCCAUCUCCUUGAUUAAAACUUGUACAUGUUCAUUGAUUCGACCCGGACAUAAGUUUAUAUAUAUGAUCUAAUGGCCGAGGUAAGUGCCUAAAUGUAUAUAGAAUUAUAUAAUUUAAGUUAGUAUUAUAUGUAUGUUCAUGUAGGAUAUGAUUCUACAUUUAUGAACAUAUAUGUAUAAACUCAAACCCACUUGUUAAUAAACUGAUAUAUAUAGGCUCCUUUUACUCUUGAUAUAUGAUAAUACUUGAAAACAAAGUUAUUUU